AUGAGUUCACUGAAGAAACGUGAACCGAAUGUCGCAACCAACAACAGGGAAGCCGAAGAUCAAUUGAUCGUGACACCAUUAGGUGCCGGCAAUGAAGUUGGUCGUUCUUGCGUCUACAUGACCUACAAAGGCAAAACCGUUUUAUUCGAUUGCGGUAUUCAUCCAGCUUACUCCGGCAUGGCGGCGCUGCCGUAUUUCGACGAAAUUGAUCCUUCAACUGUCGACGUACUUCUCAUCACUCAUUUUCACUUGGAUCAUGCCGCUUCGCUGCCUUAUUUUCUCGAGAAAACUACGUUCAAAGGUCGGGUUUUUAUGACGUACGCGACGAAGGCAAUUUAUAAGCUUUUGUUGUCUGAUUAUGUUAAAGUCAGUAAAGUUUCUAUUGAAGAUAUGCUUUUUGAUGAACAGGAUAUUAAUCGGUCCAUGGAUAAAAUUGAGGUUAUUGAUUUCCAUCAAACGCUUGAAGUGAACGGUAUUAGAUUCUGGUGUUACACUGCAGGCCAUGUCCUUGGUGCUGCUAUGUUUAUGGUUGACAUUGCUGGUGUUCGAGUGCUGUAUACAGGAGACUAUUCACGUGAGGAAGAUCGACAUCUUCGAGCUGCAGAAACCCCACAGUUUUCCCCUGAUGUCUGCAUUAUAGAAUCAACCUAUGGUGUACAACACCAUCAGCCUCGGCACACACGAGAAAAGCGGUUCACUGAUGUUAUUCAUUCGACCAUUUCUCAAGGGGGUCGUGUGUUGAUUCCAGCUUUUGCUCUUGGUCGUGCGCAAGAGCUACUGUUGAUCCUUGAUGAGUAUUGGCAAAAUCAUCCGGAACUCCAGAAUAUACCUAUCUAUUAUGCUUCUCCUCUUGCCAAAAAAUGUUUGACUGUUUAUGAGACUUACACCCUCUCAAUGAAUGAUAGGAUUCAGAAUGCAAAGUCUAAUCCAUUUUCCUUUAAGCACAUAUCAGCAUUGAGCAGCAUUGAUGUUUUCAAAGACGUGGGACCGUCUGUGGUGAUGGCGAGCCCCGGUGGACUUCAGAGUGGGUUGUCACGGCAAUUAUUUGAUAUGUGGUGCUCUGACAAGAAAAACUCUUGUGUUAUACCUGGGUAUGUUGUUGAGGGGACACUAGCAAAAACUAUCAUUAAUGAACCUAAGGAGGUUACUCUCAUGAAUGGACUCUCUGCACCUCUCAACAUGCAGGUUCACUACAUUUCCUUUUCUGCCCAUGCUGACUCUGCUCAAACAAGUGCUUUCUUGGAAGAGCUCAACCCGCCUAACAUAAUUCUUGUUCAUGGGGAAGCUAAUGAGAUGGGGAGGCUCAAACAGAAACUCGUGACUCAGUUUUCUGAUCGUAACACUAAGAUCCUCACUCCCAAAAACUGUCAGUCUGUUGAAAUGUAUUUCAAUUCACAGAAAAUGGCAAAAACCAUUGGGAAGCUGGCUGAAAAAACACCACAGUUGGGUGAAACCGUCAGUGGUUUGCUAGUUAAAAAAGGCUUCACAUAUCAAAUAAUGGCACCCGAUGAUCUCCAUGUCUUCUCGCAGCUAUCAACGGCAAAUGUUACUCAGAGAAUUACCAUCCCUUAUCCAGGUGCCUUUAGUGUCAUACAACAUAGACUGAGACAAAUAUAUGAGAGUGUUGAGCCGUCAGUGGAUGAAGAAUCUGGUGUUCCAACGUUGCUAGUUCAUGAGCGUGUGACAGUGAAGCAUGAGUCUGAGAAGCAUGUCUCCUUGCAUUGGACAGCAGACCCCAUUAGUGAUAUGGUAUCAGAUUCAGUUGUUGCUCUAGUUUUAAAUAUUAACCGUGAUCUUCCAAAAAUAAUAGCUGAAUCAGAUGCUACAAAAAUUGAGGAAGCAAAUGAGAAGAAGAUAGAGAAGGUUAUGCAUGCCCUCCUCAAGUCACUCUUUGGAGAUGUGAAGGUUGGAGAAAAUGGGAAGUUGAUAAUUAACAUUGAUGGCAACGUGGCAGAACUCGACAAAGAAAGUGGUGAAGUUGAGAGUCAAAAUGAAGCCCUUAAAGAAAGAGUAAGAACAACGUUCAAGCGAAUUCAAAGUUCUGUCAAGCCGAUUCCUCUUUCACAAAUCCAAAGUUCUGUGAAGCUGGUUCCUCUUUCACCGCCAUAG